UGAAUGGGUUGCAUGCUCUGUAGGUGCUAAUUUUACACCCCACAUAAUCACUGUUAAUGCUGGGGAGGACGUUACUAUGAAGAUAAUAUCAUUUUCUCAGCAAGGACCUCGAGCUAUAUGUAUUCUUUCUGCAAAUGGUGUCAUAUCAAGUGUCACACUUCGUCAACCUGACUCUUCUGGGGGCACAUUGACCUAUGAGGGACGUUUUGAAAUUCUGUCGUUGUCUGGGUCGUUCAUGCCAAGUGAAAGUGGGGGAACACGGAGCAGAUCUGGCGGCAUGAGCGUUUCUUUGGCGAGUCCAGAUGGUCGUGUUGUAGGUGGCGGUGUGGCAGGUCUUUUAGUAGCAGCAAGUCCCGUGCAGGUAGUGGUAGGAAGCUUUCUGGCUGGAAACCAGCAUGAGCAGAAACCAAAGAAACAGAAAAUUGAGGUGAUAUCCACAGCCAUACCAACCGCUGUUGUUCCCUUGUCAGCUGUCACUGAUCCAGUCCCUCUCCUCACCUCUCCGUCUUCCUUCCGCGGCGAAAAUUGGUCCACAAUUCCGGCAGAUAACCGGAAUAACACCACCACCAACGCCAACACCAACAAUAAUACUAAUGGUAAUAAUGAUAAUAAUAAUAAGCCAGCUGAUAUUAAUGUGUCAUUGUCUGGAGGGUAAUUGCAUCCCAUCUGCCAUCUAUAUUUGUUGCUGACGACGUUGUAAUGGAGCUCCUAAUUGAUGAGUUUGUUUUUCUAUUGCUUAUUGUGACUGUAAGCUUAUUGACAGUAUCUUAGGACCACCUUGUUGUUUUCCGACAUUUACAGGCUUCCUUUCCCUGUACAAUUCAGUUAGGUGAUUAGAUCUGCCUCUGCAGCCAAUGUGUUGUCGUGUUAGGUAUUCGAGUCACGUUUCUUGGGAGUGAUAGAUUGUGAAAUCCAAACCAUUCCUUUUAUGUGAAUGCGUUUCUUUGUGCUUUUAGUAGCA